AUGGCUUCGCGACUUGCCCAGUUGGCUUCUCACAUCACCGGCCACCCCGGCACGGGAGGUCCCAUCCCUGCUCCCCUGACUGGCAACCUGCUCCAGGAUCAGGUCUGUCUAAUCACCGGAUCCGGCCAAGGAAUCGGUCGCUCCUGCGCCCUCCUCUUUGCUGCUCAUGGCGCCAAGGUCGUCAUCAGCGACCUCGACGGAGCCAAGGCUGACUCUGUUCGCAAGGAGAUCGAGGAUGCUGGAGGCAAGGAUACUGCCAUCACUGUGGCCGGUAAUGUUAUGGAGGACGGCUUCGCAGAGAGGCUGGUCAAGGCUGCCGUAGACAAGUGGGGAAAGAUCAAUGUCAUCGUCAACAACGCUGGCUUCACAAACGACAAGAUGCUACACAACCUUGACGACGCUACCUUCCGACAGAUGCUCGAAUGCCAUACCGUAGCUCCAUUCAGGAUCAUUCGUGCUGCUGCGCCUUACCUCAGGAUCAAGGAGGAGUCAAAGAGGGAGAACAGGAGCAUCAUCAACAUUUCUUCCACCUCUGGUACCCACGGCAACGUCGGACAGAUCAACUACUCGGCAGCCAAGGCUGCUGUAGUCGGUAUGACCAAGACGAUCGCCAAGGAGUGGGGUCCUUUCGGCGUCCGAGCCAACGUUGUGGCCUUCGGCUGGAUCGACACUCGUCUCACUCGAGCAAAGGAGUCUGGAGAGACCAUCGUCAUCGACGGGAAGUCUGUGCCGCUUGGUAUUCCAGGUCGACCUGCUGCGCCUAGUGGAAGCGGCGACAAGCCUUCCGUCAAUGCUACUGCCGACAUUCCUCUGGGCCGACCAGGCAGGACCGAGGAAGCUGCAUCCUCGGUCCUGUUCAUGGCCAGUGGUCUCGCUGGCUAUGUCAGCGGACAGGUCUUGGAGGUCACUGGAGGAAGGGGUAUCUGA